UAACAAUGGUCAAAUUGCGUUCACAACGAGAGAUGGUUCCCGAUACGGCAUGCUGGGUGGAGAAUAUACCAACCUCGCUACCAAUACUUCUUCAGCGGUGUUUGGAGCGUCUCAGCGUGUCACAUGGGGAGCUAUUUGGAAAUUAUGUAGUCUCAUGCCCACCUUCGCCGCGAUGUGUCACUAUUCUGAAGCCAUUACGCAGGGUGCUCAAAAAGCAAGAGGAAGAUGAUGUGGAUAGUGAGACCGAAUCCUGGGAAGAGGAGACGGUCAUUUUGCCAUUAAAGCGACAAACAAAACCCAUUCCACACUUCAAUGCCCUCCGACGUCUUAUGGAAUGCGAGCUUCUUGGCAGGUGCAAUACUAUUGACUAUGCCACUUCUAUCCAGCGGGACUGCAGCGGUCUCUCGGUGCUGCAAAGACAUGCGUACGACUGUUAUAAAUCAUUGGUGCUAAAUCUGAUGCACAUUGCCUUUUUGGAAUUAUAUUACCGUGAAAGGUUACCUGCGGUUGUGGCAACGUUCCCCGAGUACAUGUACCGCUUCCACAGGGAAGUAUUUGGUUGGCUAUCGGCACCACAUCUCUUUUCCCGCACGGCUCUUCGAGUCUUGGGCGGGGAUGCACCUCUGCUCCCUAUUCUCUGUGAGAGAAAAGUGAUGGAAACAGAACGCGUACUACUCACGGGGGGUUCUAGAAGAGGAAGCACUUUUGAGUUCUCACCCCGGUACCAAUCUGAAAAACAGGAAUUACCCUCUCAAGAUGAUCAAAGUUCACAAGAGAUGAGCCUGCCGGUCCUCUCAAUGGCGUUGGGAGGAUUUGCUAGUGAGUGGACUUGCCAGGGUGUGCACGCAACACCGGCCUUCCCUACAGAGGCCGUAUGGGAAAUGACCUUACGUGAAGUAUCCCUCACCUCUCAAGAAGGUAAGGUGGCAUGGUGGAGCCUUCCGCCUUAUCCUGCCGCUUAUCUCAACGGGGAGGCGUUGGUGCUGGUUCCGCGGCACGAGCUGCAGGAAGUACAUGGUCGACCUCGGUUUGACGAUUAUGUCGUCCCCAUUGAAGAGGCGACAAAGGAGUCUCCGGUUCUUCCGCAAACCUUAUUUGACAACGUGGCGGUGGAAACUUCACGUGUGGAGCGUUCCCGAUGCGGCUACAGUGGAGUAAUUGAUGGUCUCUCCAUAACCAAUUUUGAGGAAAAGGUUCCUGUAGAGGCCAUGACACGUGAAGAUCCACCCGUAUUGGAUGAGGUAUCGUGUUUUUCCACUUUUGGUCUCUCACUUCGGGGGGAGGACUUUCAUCUGGCGCGCCUGAUUAACCGAGAGAGAAAACUUCACCCCUUGGGAAAUUUAAAGCUGUACUCAACAGUGAAUCUGGCAGGUCCAUACGGGAUCCCCAUGGCUCAUGCUAGCCAACAACCGUUUGUGUUGGCCCAACAAAGUGAUAUACGAAAGCUAGAUGAGUCUUUCUUGCAUGAAAGUAUUUACUUGGCUGGUGUAUCGGGCUCCAUAAGUCGAUCAAAUCGACGCUUUCGCUCGCGGCAACGUGGGUCGUGGUGCAAAACACUAGAAGCCGUCAAGAAAAAUUUUUCCUCCUCUGAGAGGCUUCAAGCUUCAUGGGAAACCUCCAAAUACGCUCUAUCCAAAAGAAACUUUCUGGUCUCUCCAGAAGUUAUCAAUAGGCCCCGCCGUGAAGCCCCGACAAACCCCAAUUCUUUAAUUGAGGUAGAAACUGUGGAUGUUAUGGCGCGCAGGCUGGCCCAGCGUGUGCUUAAGGGAAUGGAUUUUGUGCAUGAAAGACCCUGGAUUACACCUGUGUGCGGCCGGGCGUGGCUGUUGGUGUUUGAGCAGUUUGCCUCCAAAUGUUAUUCUCAAAUAUGUGAAGGGUAUUCCAUCGUCAUUUCGAUGGGCGAUCCAUUUCAGGUGAUGCUCUUUAACGCUGUCUGUCUGCUAAAAUAUGCCAGGCAGUCAAAGGGGAGGAAUUCAGAUGAAGCCAUUGAAUCUUCGAUUUUUGGUGCUUCUUUACAUGAUCAUGCGACUUCGCCUUCUUUCUCCCUUUUGUCGGGCGAAACGGCCUCAUGCCUCGCGUUCAUGGAUGGAUUCUACGAGUGCGUGAGUGGACUCCUGAAGCAAAGCGAUGUCUCCGUCCCGGAGGUGGUGUAUGUGGUGCAUAAAAUUAUGCAUGAAAAUUCUCCGGGUGGCAUGAUGUUCUUGAAUGAAAUUCCUGCGCUCAUGAAGAGUGCAGAGCGGGAGACGGAUCCCCGCCUGUUGGUGGAUGGCAUACUUGCCAUUGUGCAGCGUAUUGAACUGUAUUGCUGGUUGGUUCUCUUCCAGGCAUUUUUGGCGUCACUUGCGGCAGAAGGUGUCGUUGACGAACGAGGCGAUGUGGUACUUUCUUCCUUCUCCGCGUUUGUUGAUGACACUGCCCUUAUGACAUGGAUGGAGCAAUUUGACCCAUGGAAAAACACCCCGGGGAAGUCUCCUGAUCCGUUUCACCUGCGCUACAGCAAUGGAUUGCGCCGCUGGGAUGAUCGCAACUACAUCUUCUCUGGUGCCCUUUGA